AUGAGACAGGCACUGAACAAUCUACAGUGUACUGUAUCUGCUUACGAUUUUGUUUCUGCUGAAAACGUUCUGAAGGUUUGCGAUGAACCUCAUCCGCAGCUGAUGGCAAAUAUGCUAACAUUCUGUGGCGAACAAAAAUUCAGGGAGGCCGCUCAAAUUGUUCACGAUUUCUACAGAAUGGGCUACUCUCCUGAGGAUAUUAUCUCGAACAUGUUCCGCGUAUCAAAAACUGUUUCUUUACCAGAGUUCGUGAAAAUGGAGUUUAUGAAGGAGAUUGGAUUGUGCCAUAUGCGCAUCAGUGAAGGACUCUCAUCUCUGUUGCAACUUUCCGGGCUUGUCGCCAGACUAUGUGCCAUCCAAGCUCAAUGA